UGUUAGCGAGAUGCAUUCACUGCCUGUGGGACUCUUCGCUUCUACGCGUAAAGUUAGUGUAGCCCUAGUCACAGCAACUCUGUGCACUUUUGUUUGAUCCUGUCCUGUUGAGUUAGUUAGUUUGCUUCAGACUCAUCGAACCCUCGCUGUACGUCUUUUGGAUCCCGCCUAGCCUAGCGUUUCUGCGCCUCUGCCCUGUCGGACUCCUACACCGUGUAUGACCCAGUUUCCGGAAUAAACCGCGUCGAACAUUGUGCCUCUGCCUCGAAGUCCUGCAUUUGGGUCCGCCGCCACACAGGCGCGUCUGGGAUGGAACCCGGGUCCUCAGAGCUGUGAGCCCAACGCUUUCCAGCUGAGCCCACGGAUUUGUCAUAUUCCACUCGUUUAAAACGAUUCCCAGAGUCGCAAUUCACGCCGUCAGUGCAGGAGGUGAGGAAACCUCGGGAAGGGGAGCGAGCGUGCAUCUUCGCCGAGUGGAGUGCAGAGUAGACCAGUUUCAGCCGCGUCAGGUACCUCGGAACCAAUCCGACGAGCGGGGUCUGCGUGCGGGUUCACGCAGGACGCGGCCACCUUAACAGCGCAACGCGGCCGGUUUUCCGACCGGCCAGCUGCAAAUAUCGCCCGGUGCAGCGGCGGAGAACACUUCAAUCACGAUGCGUAGAACAUGCGACAUCAUGGCUCUAAUAUGUCUGCUGCUUGUCAAACUACCCACGAUCGACACGGCCCACGGCAAAGUGCUGGAGGAAACCUAUCACAAGUGGCUGCAGUACAAAGACGACUGUUUGAAGAUGAUUGAAAGCCAGCCGCCGCCCGAAGGCGGCCUGUUUUGCAACAGGACUUUUGACAGGUACGCCUGCUGGCCGGACGCGCCUGCCGGUUCUCUCGUCAACAUCUCCUGUCCUUUCUACCUGCCCUGGUACGAUCAAGUGUCAGACGGUGUGGUGCGACGGCAGUGCGGCACCGGCGGCCUUUGGGAGGGCGACGCCGACGGCCACGUGUGGAGGGAUAAGUCCCAGUGUGACGAGGACAAAGAGGUCACGUCUCGGGAGAUGUGGAUCAAAAAGAUGAUGCUGAGCUUCAGGACGUUGUACACCGUGGGCUAUUCCUUGUCCCUCUUCACUCUUGUCACCGCUCUUGUCGUUCUGCUGAGCUUUAGGAAACUGCACUGCACGCGGAACUACAUCCACGCCAACCUCUUCCUGUCCUUCAUCCUGCGAGCGGCGUCCGUGAUUGUCAAGGACACCAUGCUGGAACGCCACUGGGGACGCGAGAUUGUGAAACCCGCCGACGUGAGCGACAUGCUCAGCCAUCAGGCUGCUAUCGGCUGCAGGAUGGCACAGCUCCUGAUGCAGUACUGCGUACUCGCCAACCACUACUGGUUCUUCGGGGAGGCCAUAUAUUUGUACUCUGUGCUAGUAUCCUCCGUCUUCGUCGACAGUCACAAAUACUUGUCGUACAUCUGUCUAGGCUGGGGAGCCCCGCUUCUCUUUGUGAUUCCCUGGGCCGUGAUGAAGAUACUCCGAGAAAACAAAGAAUGUUGGGCUGUCAAUGACAACAUGAACUACUGGUGGAUCAUCCGUUCCCCCAUUCUCCUCGUUUCGCUCAUCAACUUUCUGAUUUUCCUGAAGAUCCUGAAGGUUAUUCUAUCCAAACUACGAGCCGACAACCGGAGUGACUAUUCUGGCUACAAGCAUCGGCUGGCCAAGGCGACGCUGACGCUCAUUCCCUUGUUCGGCAUUCAUGAAGUCAUCUUCAUCUUUGUCACGGAUGAGCAAACCACGGGGGUCCUGCGCUACUGUAAAGUUUUUUUCACGCUGUUUCUAAACUCGUUUCAGGGUUUCCUGGUGGCGGUUCUCUACUGCUAUGCAAACAAAGAGGUGAGGAACGAGCUGAAGAGGAAAAUGCGCAGCUGGAGGACGAAAGCACACACGCUGUGCUGUGGACAGUGACUAGCCGGCGUCGACACCUGCGUGGACACUUUAUCUGUCGCCUCAGCGCCGGAGCGGAACGGGUCCACGGACGGCGCAGCGAGGCCGACGGCCGACACCUGGCCCAGUCCGGACGGUUCUCAGCUUUUUCGGCAUCAGUUUCGGGGUCAGGAGGUCACGACGGGUGACGCUGCUGUGUCAUCGUCGGCAGCCAUGCAGGUGUCGUUCCAAAUACAUCUUCACGAUCCGGUGGUGCUGCUUCCACACGUCGCUGAUGUGCCGUCGGACUGAUCGCUGGGUUUAUGGUUCCUCUCAAAAGAUGAUAUUUUUGUGUGAAACUGUCAGCAUUGUUAGGUGAGCGCUCCUGUUAUCAGUGUGGAUACAUUUUUGUCUAUUUAUCCAACUGUUAUAAUUCUUCUGUCAAUGAGUUAAAUUAAAAGAUUGUAUUUGGUUAUACUUUAUUUUCAUGUCUGUUGGCCGAACCAGUUCUUGCAACAUUGGUUGCAUCACAAUUAUGUAUUAUUCCAGCAGUUUAUCUUUUUCUUCUUCUUCACAGCAAGUUUUAUUCAUAGAAAAUACAUAAAAUCUCACAUUAAGGCACUGUAAUAUGAUGCACAGUUUGAACAUCAACACUGAGUUUCUAUAUGAGAAAAUAUAUUGCACAAACUCUUUAAGAGAUUAAAUGCAAAUGUUCUGAACUUGAAAGUUAGAUACAACUGAACGGU